AACCGNCGCCCCCCGCCGCUGCCGGGGGUGAGGUCCCAGGCAUGGCUGCGUGCGGCUGUAACGCGCUCCUGGCCGCGGCCAGGGCCAGUUUCAGGGGCUCGCAUCUCCUGGCGCACUCCAGCCCUCUGUGCUCGCCAGCCAUUGCUCUUGUCCAUCUGGUGGAUUCCCAGUUAACCUGCACUUCAAAAAGCCAGCCCUGGCCACGCCGUGCCUGCCUGGGCGCUGCCCUGCCUCACUCACCUGCCCACGCCUUGCACACCUCCACCAGCUCCUGGCAGCAGCUCCCGGGUGAAUCCCUGCCCCACCGGAGCCCUGGAAACCAGGGAGCUAAACCUGCUAAAAUUCUGACAAAGAUCACAGAGGCUCCUGCGGGAAAAAAGUCCUUGCGACAGAAAGCUGUGGAUGAGCUGAAGCAUUACUACAAUGGUUUCCACCUGCUCUGGACUGACACCAAGGUGGCUGCCAGGAUGGUGUGGAGGCUGCUGCACGGGCAGGUGCUCACCAGGAGGGAGAGGCGAAGGCUGCUGAGAACUUGUGCGGAUCUCUUCCGUCUGGUUCCCUUCCUGGUGUUUGUCAUUGUCCCCUUCAUGGAGUUUCUGUUACCUGUGUUCCUGAAGCUCUUCCCUGAAAUGCUGCCCUCGACAUUUGAGACGGAGUCAAAAAAGGAAGAAAAGCAGAAGAAGAAGUUAAAUGCAAAGCUGGAGUUAGCCAAGUUUCUCCGGGAGACCAUUACAGAGAUGGCCAAAAGGAACAAAGCAGACACAGGACAAGGGAAACAAUUCUCCUCUUACCUGCAUGAGAUCCGUCACAGCGGCCACCAGCCCAGCACGCAGGAGCUCGUGCGCUUCUCCAAGCUCUUCGAGGACGAGCUGACCCUGGAGCACCUGGAGCGGCCGCAGCUCGUGGCUCUGUGCAAGCUGCUGGAGCUGCAGCCCAUCGGCACCAACAACCUGCUGCGCUUCCAGCUGCUGCUCCGGCUGCGCAGCAUCAAGGCUGACGACGAGAUGAUUGCCAAGGAGGGGGUCAGUGGCCUGAACGUGUCAGAGCUGCAGAGCGCCUGCAGGGCCAGAGGGAUGCGGUCACUGGGGCUCACUGAGGAGCAGCUGAAGGAGCAGCUUGGGCAGUGGCUGGAUCUGCAUUUAAAGGAGAACGUUCCUUCUUCUCUCCUCCUGCUUUCCCGUGCCUUGUACUUAAUAGAUGUAAAGCCACAAUCUGUUCCCAUUCCACAGAACAAGACAGGCGAAGCUGCUGGAGUGGUGACAUCCAUGCUUGAAGGUCAGGAGACCCUCCUGGAUCCUGCCCCUGUUGUACAGGGAAGAAAGAGUGAAGAAUUUGUGUCCCAGCCAACAGAGAAAUUGCCAUUCUCAGAAGCGUCAGUGAAGCCUCCCCCACGAGAGACCAAAAUGGAAGCAUCCCAGAGCAGCAAGGCCGGUGCCAACGGAGCCUAACCUGGUGCCAGCCCUGGGAGGAAGCAGCUUCCAUCUCCUCACCUCCUGCAAAGGGAGCAGGGAUUUCCCAGGAGCCUGCUCUACACAACAAGGCAGUAGUCCUAAGGGCUCUCUCUCUGUCCCAGGCUUGUUAGCAGCUAGGCCACUGCUGUCUGGAUGGCCCCAGACAUCUCUUUUGUGCUGAAUCCUCACCCUGCUACUUUUAACUUAUGGUGUAAAUAUGUUAAUAAUGGUGCUGCUGUCUGUGCUGUUCCUGAGCAGGUGUUUGUGCUUAGCAAAGGCAGCUUUUCGUGUCAGAAUGGCCUGUGCACAGAACAAACUGGGCUGGGGGUCCAGCAAAGCUCAUUCUGCAGUGUGAAACCCUCUGCAGAAAUAUCCCCACGCACCCAGGGCCAGCAGCUUGUCCUGAGUGUUGCACCUCAGGCUCCUGGUCCUGAUUCGGGUGUUUUAACCAGUGACCAGCCCACAAGGAGCACGUGGCCACAGUUUUACUGAGGAGGGUAACCCAGGGAAGGAGGGAGCAGUGGUAGAACUGAUCCGAAGGAUUCAGAGCUUGCUGGACAGGAGCAGAGUGACAGGAACAGCCUGCACCUGUGGGUGUUUGCUUCCCCAGCGAGAGCUGUGCAGGUGCCACACACUGUGACAAAAUCAGAUUUGCACUUUCAGGAUCCCUCUGGGUCAUGUGAGGGAGCAGCCUGGGACCUGCACAGCUUUCCCAAGUGAGGUUAAUCCUUACCAGGCUCAGAAUACACUCCAAGCACUCUCCAUGCUUUGCAAAGUGACUCCUCACAUGCUCCAGUGGUGACUCAGUUUUUGCCAGACUCAGAGGAUACUGAAAAGCUGUUUUUAGCAUUUGUUAAUUUUUUUACUCCGUCCUUUGUAAAUGCUGAGAAAUUACUCACAUUAUGGAUUUUAAAUAUGUAUAUUUAUACUUACUGUAAAGUUAGAUUUGGUGCUAAGUAGGAAUGACAUGUCUCUUCCAGAGGUCAGACAGCCUUUAGACCAACCCGACUGAGAGCCAGUUCUCCAAGGUGAGAGCAGCACUUUAAACCUGAGGCUGCAGGCUCCUACAGCCUCACAGUCAGCUGGCAGGGGUUCUGUGCCCUUAGCUCUGUACCUGAACCUCUCCUUGUGCAUCCAGCCCGUCCACAGUGUUGGAUCUGUGUCUAAUAAAUGGGAGCAAAUGUUACUUCAAUAAAAUAACACCUUUGCUGUGGUGUCA